AUGAAGCUAAACGAGAGAUGCGUAGCUGAAUACUCAACUUCCUCUGCCCCGAUCGACAAAGAAGGUUACUUAAAUAAGAAGGGCGAAUUGAAUAGAGGAUAUCAGCGACGUUGGUUUCUUUUGAAAGGCAAUCUUUUGUACUACUUUGAGAAGCGAUCCGAUAAAGAACCGAUCGGAGUUAUUGUGCUGGACAAUUGUCACGUAGAGUUAGCGGAAAGCGGAGAACCGUACGCGUUUCAGAUCUCCUUUGGAGGAGAUGGCUCCAGAACUUACAUACUUGGAGCUGAUACUGCGAAGGAUAUGGAAGCCUGGAUGCGUGCUAUCACUCAUUCGAAUUAUGACUGUUUGAAAAUGAUGGUGGAAUCGUUCGAAAGCAAGUUACAGAAGUUGACAUCAGAGGAAAUUGACUUGGCCACUGCAAGCUGCAGUAAUUCUAAAGCGAAUCCUACUUCGAUCGAAAGCGUUUCCGGUGCUUCAGAUUUGGUUGGUAUUAAUAGUAAAAAGGACAAUUUAGACUCUUUUGAGGCGGCCAUGGCAAGACCUAUCACUGAGGGCGCUGCAAAUGGUGACAUUAAAAACAGUAACGGCGUAGAUUUCGAUAAUCUACCACCCCAAAAGAGAAAAGAAGUUGUAUCAGCUUAUAACACUCAUAUCACUGUAACCAAUACAGAACCAGCGGUUGGUAAUUUAAUCAGUCUUGGUGAUGAUGACGAUGAGGAUCAAAUUCCAAUCCAAAAUGAAUUCUCACUUAAUGACAGUUUUUAUUCUAACAGUGCAGACAUAAUGCCUCUAAGCUAUUCUGAUUUGGGACAGUUGGAAGAUAUGCACACCGAGCAUCUGUUGAACAAGCUAAGUGGAAAUGUGUCAAAGGAAAGCAAAGAUGAUAGCUAUUUGACAACGAGGUUAAAGCGUGAUCCUGUUCCACGAAACCUGAGGCCAAAAUCUGAGCGAAGGCGAAACAAUAUCAAUAUCCGGACUUUGUAUGGAAAUGUUGAGCCUUCACGAUUUGAUCGGAGCAAAUCUAAGACUCUGCCAAGGCCUUUAUCAGAUGUGGAUACUUCUGGAUAUCAUUCAGAACAUGGUAGUAUAUUCAAACAUCUUCACGAACUUUACAGUGCCUCAAUCUGGGUGAAAUGCAAGGAAUAUGGGAAACAAGCUAGUCAAACAACUUUGAAAUGA